CCGGAGGAGGAAGUGGUUUCUCGAACCGACGACGGGAGCGAAUCGGCGAAAUCGGAUAGGUCGGUUGUUGGUUUGGACGGAGCGGAGGAGGAGGAGAAGUUGGAGAUGGUUUGUCCGGUUUGCCGCGAUUUCAACGCUGCGACGCUGACGGCGGUGAACGCUCACAUCGAUGGCUGCCUCGCGCAAACGAUGAAGGAGAAGCGGCUGCAGAUGAGGAGGUCGAAAUCGAAGGCGCCGAAGAGGAAGCGCUCCAUCGCAGAGAUUUUCGAUUUGGAGGACGAUGAGGAGGAGACGAAGCAGCAACAGCAGCAGCCGCAGAUCGAGACCUCGCUGAACUUCUGGCCGUUUAGCGAGGACGCCGAUGAGAUUUCCAUUACUGUAACGAAGUUCCGGCAGCUCUCGCGGCGGCUGGAAGCGCUGAGAUCCAAUGGCGUAGGCGGCGGAAUUUUGCGUAAAUCGGCAAAAUCGGACGAAGGAAAUUCAAAUUCUGCGGAGGAAGAGGAGAAAUUGGAGAUGGUUUGUCCCGUGUGUAGGGUUUUCAACGCGGAGACUGUGACAGCUGUGAAUGCGCACAUCGACGGUUGCCUUGCGCAAGCGAUGAGAGCAGAGCGGUGGCAGAUGAAGAGGCUGAGUUCGAAUCCCAAGCCCAAAGCGCCGAAGAAGCGGUCGAUUGAGGAGAUUCUCACGGUGGCGCCUCAAAUAGACUCUGCCGGCGGCGGCCAUCUCGCUGUGGAGGUUGAGGACAAAGAUGAUGUGAUUGGAGAAGAAUUGGAGAAUUCUGGUUGCGGUGGUGCCACAAUCAAUAGCAAGAAGAGUACGAACAAAAACGUGAAGAAAAAGAAAAAGAUGAAGAAGGUUAUGAAGAAGAAAAGCAAGGUGAGGAAGCGUGGUGUUGUACCUCUGAACAAUGAGAGCAAGAAGAUGAAGAAAAAGAAGAACAAGAAGAAAAAGAAGAAUUCGUUCAACAAUGAGUUCACUGCAAAGGAGGGAGAUGCUUAUAAGCGCAAGGUGCAAAAUCCAGCAAAUAAUUUCAGAAAGCUAGAAGAUACUAUGGGGAAUAAAACAGUUAAACUUGAUGACAUUGAUGCUUCUUCUGCCCAUGAAAAGAAAUUGGGUUUAAAGAUCUUAUCAGAAGAAAAGAGGGAAAAAGUAAAAGCCUGUGACUCAGUUGGAAAGCAACAAAAAGCAGUGUCUCCAAUUCGUGGCAUUCUUAAGAAUCACAAACAUAUUUCUGAAAGUACUUCAAGUGGUUGUAAUAUUCAAGAUGGUACUGAAGAAAACGAUUGUGAUGUUCAAGUGCCAAAAUCAGACAGGCAUGUGAGAUUUUCUGCUUUAGAUUACGAACUUGGUCCGAAAAAGACAAACUCAUUUGAUGAAACCGUGUUCAAGUUAUCUUCAAAUGCGUUGGCUGCUUCAUUUGGAAAGGAGCAGUCCUCUGGAAGUGAUGAAGGAACUGCAAAUUUGGAGGUAAACAGAAAUGAUGACAGCAUUGUCAUUGACAUUGACAAGAGAAAGGAGGUUUGUCCAAUAGUUGAAAGUAAACAGUUUGCUAAUGCUCUGAGAGAAGUUGCGGUACAAAAUUUCUUGAAGCCGAGCACCAAUCAAGAUAAAUCAAAGCACGUAGUAGAGAAAUCUGAAUCAUCAUCCAAUUUUUCAUUUUGUGAUAAUAAUUUACAUUGGUUUGAUAGAGGAAACACAACUACACUGCAUUGUUCUCCAUAUACUGACGUUUCUAGACCUCUUUCUGCAUUUCAAACGGGGCAGUUUUCUGGUAUAAAAACACAAGUGUGUAAAUCCGAUGCUUUUAGCUCCACAGGGAAGUUCAUUGAUCAUUUGGAGGAUCCAAUUUUCCAGUCUGCCGCUAUGAACUCAAAUGCAAAUACAAGGACAUUUUUGGAGCCUUCAUCGUCUUAUUCUGCGUCAUAUAACCAAGGAAAUGAGAGACCUGAAUUUCCAUUGCAUACUUAUGCAGACAAUGUUAAUAAUGGCCAAGAUUUGGGAGGCAGACCGUGGUCUCACAUGUUUUCUGCUGAUGUGAUUGAUAAUUCGUUUCUUUUGCCUGACUGGGGGAAAAGAAGUGUAAGAAAUAAUUGCAUGGAGCAGAACUUUUUUGGUUUGCCACUCAAUUCUCAUGGUGAACUAAUCAACUUCAGUUCAAGUGGACAAGUUGGGAUGAACCAGCCAGAGACAUCAUGUAUAUUAAGAGAUUCUUUAAGUGGCUUACCUGUGAAUAAUACUCUCCAUCAAAGUAGCCAGGCCCAGGAAUAUUUAAGCAGUGGUGAGAGGCAUGUUGUUGAGAAGACACUUCAAUAUCGGGUAAAUCCAUUUCCGCAUUAUCCAGCAAGGUUAGGUGUUACUGAGUUACAUGGAAGGGAGAGAGCAGAUAUCUACCAGCAUAAUUCUGAUAGGUGUUCCAAUCACUAUGUCCAGCAGCCUGAUUCAGAAUUGAACCUUAUGAGAAACCCUUUCAUUGAACAGAAUCAACGUGACAAGGUGCCAAACCACAAGGUAAAUGGAAUGGUUUCUCCAAAAGAAAGUUCAGGUCCUAUUUCACCAAGUUCCAGCCAACCAACAAUGAGGUUGAUGGGUAAAGAUGUUCCAAUUGGUAGAAGCAGCAAAGAGAAGCAACAAUUUGCGAGAGGAGAUCUUUGGGCCGAUGAGGAAUCCAGAAGAAGGCAUUAUUCUGAAGAUGCUGCUAAAGAGAAUUCUUUAUCGGGAAGAUGCUGUAAGAAUGAUUGGAUAUCUGGUUCACAAUUACAGAUGUCAACCGAACAUGGGUUACAAUCAGUGAAAAUUCAAAGCAAUCAGGCUUUCCAAAGUACCUUAUUGAUGAAAGGUCCAAACUCCGCAUUUCUUAAUCAACAAAGGAAUCAUGUAUCCCAAAAUGGAUACCUUGGCGUCAGCAGAAUUGCUAGUUCUAAUUUGCACCAUAUUACCCAUGCACCUACUUCAUGUGCAUUAUAUAAUAGGGCACCUGACGACUUGCCUGUGCAGUUUAUAUCUGGAGCUAAACCUCAAGGACUCAGCCUUCAGUCACAGGAACUACCUACUCCUUGCAAUUUUAGUCAGCCUACCUCUUCAAUCAAUGGUGAGCUGAAUGACAGGAAGAAGCACCAUCAUGCUACGAAUUCAGCCUUCGGAUUUCCUUUCUUGCACCCAGUUGUUGAAGAACAGGCCAAAGCAUCUUGCUUUAAGAGGUCCUAUGGGAGUUUACCACCAUGCUUGUUAGGCUCAACACAUGCAAGGCUGCCAGGGACCUCUUCUACCCAAAGCUUUCCUCAAAAUACAUGGGGAAAUAAUUUUAUUGCACCAUCUGUGAAUCAUUCAGCAGAUUUUCUGAAUUCUUGUAAUUCUGUGACUUCUCACUGUCCCAGGAAGGCCCUUUUUUGCCCUGCGUCAAUUGUUCAACCUCCACAUGUGUCAGUUACACCCAUUACCAAAUCACCCUCUGCCAUAAACAGUGGUUGUAGAAACGUAAUUAAGGUCACUGACAAAGUGAAGUUAGAUGAUAUGACUACCAAAGACAAUCAUCCAUGCAGAAAUUCCAGGAAGAGACCCGCAUCUAAUCUUGUUGAUCUUACUAAACCGAACAAGUUACCUAAUAUAUAAGUGCAGGAAAACUUAAGUCGCAUGACGGGGUUGACUCGAGAAAACUCAAGUACAGAUUUGCAGCGAAACACAAGAUCAGUUGAACUUGAUAUCCAAGUAGGUGCAAGAAGUAUAUGUUGUCAGAAUGAGGCUUAGAAUCUAAAUCCUAGAAAUUAUCUUGGGUUUGAUUCUUUUGACCUGGAUAGGGUGGUAAUAUCAGGUCCUGUCAAACUUAGUCCAGGUGCUAAGCACAUACUAAAACCCUCUCAGAAUAUUGAUCAGGAUAACCCAAGACCAAUCCAUUCUGCCAUUCCCAUUGCUGCGACUACUGACCAGUAGGGAUCUAGAAAUUCAGAGAAAAUUGACAAAAAAUAUACAGAUAUUAGGUGUGACUUUAUAUGAUGUCAGUUUUUGCCUUAAUAGUGUAUCCACUCAUGAACAUAACAGAAUUGUCCAUGUAUCAUUAUUAGCAGGUUGCUGAAA